CGUUUCUGUCAUUUAAAGGUGCCCUUCCACCAAAAACGUUUAAUACUGGCUCUUUUUGAAAUACCAUAGUUCACUCGAGUUGCAUAUGCAUGCUGCAUGUGAAAAUUUAAUUCUACUCCCAUUCCCUAUAUUAGCUUAUGAAAGAAAAUAGUCAGAAAAACGAGCGAAUCUGAAAAAGCCCUACGAACUUGCGUCACUUCAAAAAUUAGUAUUCAUGGCCUCACCCGCCUUGGCUUGCGACCGCCCACGGGAAGAAAGUUCAGAUUUAAGCGCGAGGAGAGAUAGCAGAGCCCAUCUCGUCAGUAGCUAAUGAAGAGGACCUAACAGCAAGUUGAAAACAUGUCUGAACAAGUUCGUGCCUGUGUUAUUUGUGGCAGUAACACAUCAACGUUGCAUGUUUGGGGAGGCUGGGACCUCCCCUGCCCGAGUUACGAGCGUUCAAAGUCGGGCUGGAGCCACCGACAGAAACGAAACCUAAGCGGAGCGCCGCGGCUCGCCUCGGGGCGAAUUACGUCCCGAGGCGCGGGGCUAGCCCGCCCUGGCAGCGCUGGUUUGUUGGGGAGAGGGCAGAGGUCUCUGGCUGCCAAGUUUGGGGAGGCUAGGACCUCCCCUGCCCGAGUUACAAGCGUCCAAAGUCGGGCUGGAGCCGCCGACAGAAACGAAACCUAAGCGGAGCAACGUUGCAAGAUAGAAGAGCCGAAGAAGAAAUGGUUGGAAUUUAUCUUUGGAACACUACCAGCGAAGUAUAAUGCAACGUUAGUACUGUGUUCUGAUCAUUUCAACCACAGUGACUUUUCAAACUUCGGCGCCUUCAGUAGUGGUUUUACUUCGAGGUUGUUUUUAAUACUUGGAUCUGUACCGUCAAGAUGAUCGACCACCAGCUCACAAGCUUCUCACCGUAAAUUCCAUGCACCUCGUCACGGGCACAUGGGCUUCCUGCCCCGCAAACGGAGUAAGAGGCAUCGUGGAAAGGUGCGCAGUUGGCCCAAAGAUGAUCCCAAACAGCCUGUCCACCUGACAGCGUUCCUGGGCUACAAGGCUGGCAUGACCCACACGCUGAGGGAGGUGCAUCGUUCAGGCAUGAAGAUAUCAAAGCGAGAAGAGGUAGAGGCGGUGACUAUUAUUGAGACCCCUCCAAUGAUUGUCGUGGGAGUGGUAGGAUACAUCAGGACUGUGAAAGGCCUCCGUUCUUUUAAGACCAUCUUUGCUGAGCACAUUAGUGAUGAGUGCAAGCGCAGAUUCUACAAAAACUGGUAUAAGAGCAAGAAAAAGGCCUUCGUCAAAUAUAGCAAGAAAUGGCAUGAUGAAGCAGGCAAAAAGCAGCUGGAGAAGGAUUUUGCCCUGAUGAAGAAAUACUGCUCUGUGAUCAGGGUCAUUGUCCAUUCUCAGAUGCAUUUGCUUGCACUGAGGCAGAAGAAGGCCCACAUCAUGGAGGUGCAGCUGAAUGGAGGCACUAUAGCUGAGAAGGUGGACUGGGUGAGGGAGAAGCUGGAGCAGCCCGUGCCUGUGUCUUCUGUCUUCUGCCAGAGUGAAAUGAUCGAUGUGAUUGGGGUCACCAAGGGCCAUGGCGUAAAGGGUGUGACGAGUCGCUGGCACACCAAAAAGCUGCCCAGAAAAACCCAUAAAGGUCUCCGGAAGGUGGCAUGCAUUGGAGCCUGGCAUCCGGCCCGUGUAGGCUUCACUGUUGCCCGUGCAGGUCAGAAGGGCUACCACCACCGUACAGAGCUAAACAAAAAGAUCUACCGUAUCGGAAAAGGGGUUCAUAUCCAUGAAGGCAAAGUGGUGUGUAACAAUGCCUCCACUAGCUAUGACACAACUCAGAAGAGCAUCACUCCACUGGGAGGCUUUCCUCAUUAUGGAGAGGUGAACAAUGACUUUGUGAUGGUGAAAGGCUGCGUGGUUGGCACAAAGAAACGAGUGCUUACUCUCAGAAAGUCCCUGCUUGUGCAAACCACACGCAAGACCAAGGAAACUAUAGACCUCAAGUUUAUUGACACCACCUCCAAAUUUGGUCACGGCCGCUUCCAAACAGCUCAGGAGAAGUUUGCCUUCAUGGGCCCUCAGAAGAAACACCUGCUGAGAAAAGCAUCUGAACCUGCUGAGAAGACUAUAUGAUGUACUGUGUCUUCCCUUUAUUAAUAAGCAUAUAUUAAAAAUAAAAGACUGCCUUUAGUUCUUUCAGACCUUUAUGUUCUAUGUAGAGUUUCACAUGCAGGUCUCAAACACAAUACUGUACAUCAGUCAAUCUGCUCCAAA